GCCCGGCCGGGGCGUCGGGCGGCCAUGGCCGGCCACAGUAACACCCUGCUGCUGCUGCUGCUGCUGCUUGCCCAGAGCAGCUGCCUGGCGCUCAGGAGCCCGCUCGCUGUCCUCAAGAGGUAUAAAGAUACUACUAGGUCUCUUUCCAACGAAUGCCUUGGAAGCAACAGGCCAAUGAUUUCACUCGGUCUCUCAGAUUUUGCACUGGACAUUCGCAUGCCUGGGGUCACUCCUAAGCAGUCCGAUACCUACCUCUGCAUGUCAGUACCCCUCCUGGUGGACGAUGAAGCCUAUGUAGUUGACUUUAAACCACAUGCCAGCAUGGACACUGUCCAUCACAUGUUACUCUUUGGAUGUAAUGAGCCCUCUUCUACUGAAGAUUACUGGGACUGUGAUGAAGGAACGUGCAAAGACAAAUCGAACAUUUUGUACGCGUGGGCAAGAAACGCUCCUCCCACCCGGUUGCCCAGAGGUGUUGGAUUCCGAGUUGGAGGAGAAACAGGGAGCAAAUACUUUGUGCUGCAGGUGCACUAUGGUGAUAUCAGUGCAUUCAAAGAUAAACACAAGGACUGCUCUGGUGUAACUUUACAUCUGACACAUCAAAAGCAGCCUUUGAUUGCUGGAAUGUAUCUUAUGAUGUCUGUGAACACUGUAAUACCACCAGGUGAGAAAGUGGUUGAUGCAGAUAUUGCCUGCCAUUACAAAAGAUUUCCAAUGCACCUCUUUGCCUACAGAGUUCAUACCCACAGACUAGGUCAAGUAGUAAGUGGAUACAGAGUGAGAAAUGGUCAGUGGACAUUGAUUGGUAGACAGAGUCCACAAUUACCACAGGCUUUCUAUCCUGUGGAGCAUCCUGUAGAUAUUCGUUUUGAUGACAUCCUUGCAGCUAGAUGCGUGUUCAGUGGUGAAGGCAGAACUACUGAAACACAUAUAGGGGGAACAGCCAAUGAUGAAAUGUGCAACUUUUACAUUAUGUACUAUAUGGAAGCCCAACAUGCUGUCUCAUAUAUGACCUGUACACAGAAUGCAAACCCUGAAAUGUUCAGGAACAUUCCACAGGAGGCAAAUAUUCCUAUUUCAGUCAAGCCUGAUAUGCUAAAGAUGGCACAUGGACAUCAUGAAGAGAGCAAGGAUGCUGAUAAAAGUUCUUUGCUGCAGCAGCCCAAACGAGAAGAGGAGGAGGUUUUAGAUCAGGGUGAUUUCUAUUCACUCCUUUCCAAGCUGCUAGGCGAAAGGGAAGAUGUUGUUCAUGUGCAUAAGUAUAACCCUACAGAAAAGGCAGACUCGGAUCUUGUGGCCGAGAUUGCUAAUGUAGUCCAAAAGAAGGAUCUCGCCAGAGAGGUCACAAAUCACGAGGAGAGGGACAAUGCUGUUCUUGUCAGAGACAGAAUUCACAAAUUCCACAGACUAGAAUCCACCCUGAGGCCACCAGAGAACAGACAUUUGUCUUUACAACAGCCUACACGUGGUGAGGGGAGCUGGGAGAAAGACCAUACGGGAGAUUUCCACAUAGAAGAGGUGGUGGACUGGCCUGGGUUAGACCUCAAGCUAGGCCAAGUGUCUGGGUUGGCUCUGGACCCUGAAAAUAACCUUGUUGUGUUCCACAGAGGUGACCACAUUUGGGACGAAAACUCUUUUGACAGCAAAUUUGUGUAUCAGCAACAAGGAGUUGGACCAAUUGAACAGGACACCAUUCUGGUGCUGAAUCCAAAUAAUGCUCAACUGCUUCAUUCCACGGGCAAAAAUCUAUUUUAUUUACCGCAUGGCUUGAGUAUAGACCAAAAUGGUAACUACUGGGUCACUGAUGUAGCGCUCCAUCAGGUUUUCAAAUUGGGAGCGGAUGAUAAAGAGCCAUUACUGCUCUUAGGAACGGCACUGCAACCGGGCAGUGACAGAAACCACUUCUGUCAACCAACCGAUGUGGCCGUGGAUCCGGUCACCGGCACCAUCUACGUCUCUGACGGCUACUGCAACAGCCGAAUCGUCCAGUUCUCUCCGAGCGGGUCCUUCCUCAAGCAGUGGGGUGAAGGCACUUCUUCCGACGGAGCCAGACCCGGGCAGUUCCGUAUCCCUCACAGCUUGGCCCUGAUCCCUGAAUUCAGUCAGCUCUGCGUCGCAGACAGGGAGAACGGUCGCAUCCAGUGCUUCGCGUUGGAGACGGGGCAGUUCCUAAGGGAGAUCAAGCACAAGUCAUUUGGAAGAGAGUUGUUUGCUGUUUCCUAUGUGCCAGGUGGUCUCCUCUUCGCCGUUAACGGAAUGCCUUAUCCUGGAGAGACGGAACCAGUGCAAGGAUUUGUGAUGAACUUCUCUACCGGAGAGAUAAUUGAUACUUUCAGUCCUGUUAGAAAGAGCUUUGAGAUGCCACACGAUGUUGUUGCUUCAGAAGAUAAAACAGUGUUUGUUGGAGAUGUUCACGCUAGAACAGUAUGGAAGUUCACAUCCACAGAAAAAAUGGAGCAUCGGUCAGUUAAAAAGGCUGGCAUCGAGGUGCAGGAAGUAAAAGAAACAAUUAUAGAAACCAAACUGAAAAACAGCCCACAAUCAACUGAGCCUCUCAAGAAGGCGGAAAAGCAGCACCUGGUGCGCCAGGCCAGCACCGGGGUUUCCUUCGUCCUCAUUACAACCCUCCUCAUCAUCCCUGUCGUCGUCCUGCUGGCCAUUCUAGUCUUCAUUCGGUGGCGGAAGACAGCAGCCUACGGAGCUGAUGCGGAACAUAAAAUUGAUUCAAGUUCAGGCAGAAUUUUAGGCAGACUUCGAGGAAAAGGUGGUGGAGGCCUGAACCUUGGUAACUUCUUUGCGAGUCACAAAGGCUACAGCAGAAAAGGGUUUGACCGGCUCAGCACCGAAGGAAGCGAUCAGGAGAAAGAUGAGGAUGAUGGCACGGACUCAGAGGAAGAGUAUUCAGCACCUCCGCCGCCAGCAGCGCCGUCGCCAUCCUGAAACCAGCCUUUGAGUUCUCCAUUAUACGAUUCAACCCAGAAUGUCAGAUUCCUUUUCCCUUAAGCACGUUUAAGAUUUUGUGUAUUUAAUUGUAAACUGUACUAGUCUGUGUGGGGCUGUACACUGGUUCCUUUGGUUUUUUUCCCUUUGUUUGGUUUUAGUUCUGUUUUGUUUUGUUUUCUUUUUUUAAGUGGAGGAGUGUGUGGAAGUUUCAUAUCAGUGCCGUUGUUUUUAUGUGAACAUCUUAAUAAAGCAAAUUCUCUUAAUUGCAGCACUGAUUUAAAGCAGUAGUAUUUUCUCAUCUCAAGUCUGGGACCUCUUCUGUAUUUGUAAAUAAGUCCCAUUAUCUGCUUUAUCCAAAUAUUUUUCC